AUGAAUGAAGCGAAAAAGGCAAGAACUAUUGCCAAAUCAUCAUUUACCCGUAGUGCUAAAUCCAUCCAACGGCUAAUCGAACAAGGACGGCCUGAACCGGAAGUUGUCAAAGCAGGUGGCAUAUUUGAAACAGCCUAUGAGAGAGUACUAUCUAAGCAUGAAGGAUUUGCAAUACUUGUAGAAGAAAAGGAUUAUGAACAGGAAGAAGAAUGGAUGGAAGAUGUGUCAAAAGAAUAUGAUGCUAUUUGUAUAAUGAUAAAUGAUUAUAAAAUAACCAUGGCUCCGAAGAACAAUAUUACAACCGAUAAAGUGGAAAAUCCAGCCAGCUCUCAGGAUGUCGAUGUGGACCCAAACAACACAAAUAUACCAUCUGGAUCAGGUAUUAAUGAGACUGCAGAAUCUGUACCACCAGGGGAGACGGAACCCACUGUUACAUUGGAAUUAUCACCUGACAACCAAGCUGCCGCAACUAAUUUUCCCACUUAUGCUGCACCCUCACCCAGUCCAACUUCCAUGAAAUUGAGAACAGAGAGAGCACCGCUUCCUAAAUUUGAUGGAAAUGUUCGAAAUUAUCUGGAUUUUCGUAGAGAUUUCAAAUUUUUGGUGGAAAAGCAAUACACAACUCAGGAAGCCCUUUAUGUUCUUCGUAGCUGCCUGGACAAAAACAGUGCCGACCUGAUAAAAUGCAAGGAGGACUACGAUGCUGCAUGGGAAAAAUUAGAUCGAGAGUAUGGCGACCCGAGAAUUGUUUCUGAUGUCCUGCUGUCUGACUUGGAGAAAGUAAAGCCAGUGGAUGAAUUUGACUAUGCACACUUUGGUCAGUAUCAUGCUUUAAUUGAGAAGAUAUUCAGCAUGCUGACGAAACUGAAUCGACCAGGAGAUUUGGAUAAUACAACAACACUGAGUGCCAUGGAGAAAAAAUUAUCAAGGAAUGACCGUCUAAAGUGGGCAGAUUACCAAGAAGAAAAGGGGGUAACUCCAAAAAUUGAAAACUUUCUAAAAUGCAUGGAGAAGGAAGUACGAAAGAGAAAGAUUGCUGGAGCCGACAUUUGUUCCCAGAGAACAAUUUCUCGAAGCGCUGACAACAAAGGCUCAGUAAAUACCAUCACAUUGAAAGGUGAGAAGGGUACCAGCACGGGUACCAGCACGGACAAGCUCGAUUCAAGGACUGAGAAUCCAGGUGAAGUAUUAGGUGAGGGCAACCAAUCACCACCACAGCCACCACCACCACAACCAACGUUUCAGCAUUGUUGGUUAUGCAAACAGCCCCACCAGUUGGACACAUGGUGAGGAAAGCACAUGCAUGUUACUUUUGUUUAAAAAUUCAUCGCAACCCAUGUAGAAGAAAGAAAAAGUGCACGUUGUUAAGAGACGGUGAAGCAUGCAAGUUCAGUCAUCACCCCUUGCUCCAUGGAGCGCCAUUUGAGCGAAUGUCCAAUAACAAUGUAUCUGUCAUUGCGGGAGGAGAAAGCCUGCACCCAACCUUGGAAGUCAGUGCAAUAAAUUCUAUAUCUAAACAGAAAGCUAAAGCAAAUAUCCUGUUUGAUGGAGGAUCUCAAUUAACUUUAAUCAGAGAACAAUUUGCCCAAAACCUAGGAUUGCAUGGUGAGAGCAUUGGCGUCCGUAUAACUAAAGUUGGGGGGACCGAAGAGUUGCUGCAAACUAAGAUCUACACUCUCCAGAUUCGUUCCCUUGAUGGUGGCCCGAAAUUCGCGUUGAAAGCCGUAGCUAUCCCUCUGAUAAGUGAAAACGUCAGGGCGGUUCGUAUUGAGAAGUAUGCAAAGUUGUUCAAGAUUGACGCCAAGCGACUUCACCGGGGUUCUGGAGCAGUAGACAUCCUCAUCGGCAUCGACCAUGCUCGACUCCACAGUGGCAACACGCUACUCAAUGGAAAUUUUGCUGUGCGGCAAUCCCCUCUUGGGGCGGUAGUUUUUGGAGCCGGUCCCGAUGGUUUAUGUUCAGUAAACCGCAUCCAUCUUGUUCGACUUAAUGACCCAGUUGGUCUAACUUCUUUCUGGUCCACUGAGCGAAUGGGGGUAGAAGUGAACCCUUGCUACACCAAGAGAACACCAGGGGAGAAACUGCUUAGCUCUAUCGAGAAGGAAGAGGCGAAGAUUAUUCGCGACAGUGCUGUAAAGGUCGGACAACAAUGGAUGAUCCCUAUACCAUGGGCAAAGGAUCCAAAUGAACUUCCGGACAACUAUAGACAAGCUGUGGCUAAAUUGGAAAGUAUUGAAAAGCGGCUCUUAAAGAACAAGGAAAAUGCAAAAAUGUAUGAUGAUCAAAUAUUGGAAAUGGAAAAACAUGGCCACGCAAAGAAGCUCACGCAAAGGGACAUAGAACAACAUAAUGGUCCAGUGCAUUACAUCGGCCAUCACGCCGUUAUCAAACUAGAAAAGAAGUCCACUCCUUGUCGCGUUGUCUUUAAUGCUGCCGCGAAAUACCAUGGUCAUGUUCUCAAUGAAUACAUGCUCAAAGGGUCAGAUCUCCUCAAUGAUUUAGUUGGAGUCCUCUUAAGAUUUCGGGAAAAUUAUGUUGCAAUCUUGGGGGAUGUCUCAAAAAUGUACCAUCAAGUUCUUGUUGAUCCUGUUGUAGAUGCACAUUCCCAUCGGUUCCUCUGGCGAAGUUUUGAAAACAGUUCUCACGUUCGGUGAUAAGCCUGCUCCACCCAUGGCAAAUACAGCAAUGGAUCUCACAGCUGAGGAGAAUGCUGAAAAUUACCCAGACGCAGCAACAACCAUCAAAGAGUGUCGGUACAUGGAUGACAUUGCCGACUCAGUUACCUCGAUUGGUGAAGCUGUUAAACGUACGAAUGAGAUUGAUCACGUUCUCAGUACAGGACACUUCAAGAUCAAAGAAUGGAUUUCUAAUGCAGAUUUAUCAGAAAGUCGUCCCGUGGACCACAUUGCAGUGCACAAAGUACCAGUGAGAUCGAAAAAAAAAAACACUCCUGAAGGAACCACUAUAUCAGAAGAGAAAGUCCUGGGAGUGGCCUGGAAUCGAGAGUUGGAUUUGUUGUCUGUAUCAGUAAACAACCCCAAAGUUCUUAUGGCCUGUAAAGCUGAUGGUGUAGAGUGGACAAGGCCAAUUAAACUGACAAAGCGGAUGGUGUUGAGCAUAAUCUCUGGGAUAUUCGAUGUAUUUGGAUUUGCAGCCCCUUUAAUUAUUCGUGCCAAGAUUGGUAUUCAAACUGUGGAAGGGAGGAUAUGA